GAGCUUAGCAGGCUAGGUGGCUAACUAGCUGCGAAUUCCACCUCCUUUUAAUUGCUUUCUAAUAUCAGGAGAUGGUAUCUGAUCCCAAUGCGAGACGCGUGAAGUCGCACUGAGUUAUUUUCAAUAUCAUUUCAGUCUGGUAUCGAGUCAGCGGGAUAUUUAAGCCUUAUUUGUUAGCCACCUGCUAGCAAGCUUCGGCUAACUAAACCCAUUCAAACCAUGGCAAGUGCAGCCAAUGCAAACCUUAACGCCGUCCGGGAGACGAUGGACGUGCUGCUGGAGAUCUCCAGGUUGCUGAAUACUGGUUUGGACCUGGAGUCUCUGUCCAUAUGUGUGAGGCUGUGUGAGCAGGGCAUCAACCCGGAGGCCCUGUCGGCUGUCAUCAAGGAGCUGCGGAAAGCGUCCGAGUCCCUCAAGGCUUCUGAAAACAGCACAAACUGAAGGUGAAAACCUCAGUGUGGGACUUUUUAUAGGAUCAUAACCUGUUCCUGGAUCUGUUCUUACCAUGGCCUCUACAGACAUAUCGGAUUUGUGUUGGCCGUCUGUCCUCUGCGACACCACGGCAACAAACAUCCAUCCUGUUCUGUGCAUUCUGUGCACGAGUCCUGCCUGAGUUUUUGUGUAGAAGCAUCAGCCGCAGUCCUUCCGGAACAUAAGCCAUCUCCCAGCAUCAGGGCACAGAUUCGGCCCCACAUUUAGGCUUUCUCUGAGUUUUCUUCUUCCACCAUUUGUAAAUUGUAAGUUCAGAGUGUUAUCAGUGUUGUCAUCCUGCCUUCAUUUUGGAUCAUUAUUACAAUUUCUGAACUUGUGUUACAUUUCUCAUGAGGAAAUGUGUGUUAUUAUGUUUUUGUAUGUUAAGAUCUUUUAUUUUAUUUUGUGUAAGCACAAAGCAUUUUCAAAUUCUGCUAUUUCAUGUUGUCCAUGUUGAAAAAUAUCUAAACUGAAAUGUUGCAGUCAACGGCCACCAGGUGGUGUUAUCAUCCUUAUUCCAAUCCGAGGUAUAGGUCCUCAAUGGGUGUUGGACUGUGUUCAAGAUCCUAUCGAGUUUUCAUAAUACUGUUGUUCAAGAGCAAUUAAAAUAUUUUAUGAGAAACUUCAAA